AUGCCUUGGAUAGGCUUUCUGCCGGCAGAAUGUUUCGAUGAAAUAUUAAACCAUCUUCAAAAUGACCAAUCCUCCCUCUAUAGUUGUUUAUUUGUCAGUCGUUUCUGGUGCACUCGUAUUAUUCCUUUCCUUUGGAAAAAACCUUUUGCAUUACAAAGAAUGCAUGGAUUUGUUCCGUUAAUAAGAACUUAUCUUUCUUGCUUGAAUGAAGUUGAACAAUCUCAACUAAUCCCUUGUUGUAUCGAUCUUCCUCAUGAAGAUCUUUUAUUUGAAUAUGGAAAGUAUUUACAAGAUCUCUCUUAUGAAUCUUUACAUUUAUCUGUCAGAAAUCAUUUCCAAUUUUAUAUGUAUGAUGAGAAUGAUGGUAAAAAUUUUCCAAACGUUGUUAAUCUUUUUCGCCACAUGCCUUCUUUAUGUUCUAGCCUUUUCAGGCUGGAUAUCCUUCUCGAUGUAACUUCAAAUUAUCCUGUAGAAACAAUUGAUAUUGUCAACUUAAUUAGAGCUCAACGUGCGUUAAAUGGAUUUUAUUUAUUAUACAGAGGUGAUGGAUGUCAAGAUAUUAUUUCUGCUUUACGACCUCAUGCGAACUUCUUAACUUCGUUGGUUUUUGAUUCUCUCCAAUUCUCUAAUAUUUCUCUGAAACCCUUGUCAAUUUGUGCUCAUCUGACUUCUUUCACCAUGAUUUCUUGUCAAAAUGUUACUAUUAAGCAUUGUAAUGAUUUAUGUAAAGCUCCUUUUCAUCUCAAAACUUUAACCUUGGACGAUAAUGAUAUGCCUUCAAUCGCAACAAUUUCUUUAAUCGUUAAGGCAGGAAAAGAUUUAAAAGCAACUACUCUGAGUUUGAGCCAUAUAACACCUGAAGUUAUAGAUGCCGCAUAUCAACAUUGCCCAAAUAUUACUUAUCUUUCGAUAGAGAUUGCAAGGGCUCUCUAUGAUAAAAUUUUUGCUUGGAUAAAAAAAUUAAAUCUCUAUGGGCUUUCUUUCGAUUCUAUGGAUUCUAUGUAUAAUAAUACUAGUGAAAUUUUAUCCCGAUUGGCUCAAUGUUUACCACCUACAUUAUGGUUCUUGGAAAUGAAUUGUUCUUUUUCAACUGAUGAUAUGCUACAAUUUAUAAACACUUGUUCCUCACCUUUAUCCCAUUGGAUCAUUACGUCUGAUGAUGGUAGUGGCAAUUUUACAGAUAUGCCCUUAGCAUUAAUCGAUCAAUUCUUUAGUACUCGUAAUAUAUUAAAAGUAUUAGGCCUUUGUGGUCCAUUCACCGAUCUAGCUUGGAAUGUGCAAUCUUUAGAAAUCAUAAAAUCCUUAAAAGAACGAGGUGUAAAGGUUGUAGACACUAGAGAAGUUCAUUUGGAUUUUACGCUUAAUGGUGAUUUUUCUUUUACAGUUUUGGAACAAUUGUCAGCUUUUGAAGAUUAA